UCGACGAUGUUGCAAGGUUAUUGCAAAAGGGCGAAGAAAGAGGUUUUCCAGGAAUGUUAGGAAGUCUAGACUGUAUGCAUUGGCAAUGGAAAAAUUGUCCAACAGCAUGGGCAGGACAAUACUCAGGUCGUCAUGGAGGUCCAACCAUUAUUCUUGAGGCAGUAGCAUCAUAUGAUCUAUGGAUAUGGCAUGCAUACUUUGGCUUACCAGGAUCCAAUAACGAUAUUAAUGUAUUGCAGUCGUCUAAUUUGUUCGACAAUCUAUCACAAGGUAUUGCUCCUCCUGCUCAUUACACAAUUCAAGGAAAAAAUUAUGAUGUCGGUUAUUAUUUGGCCGAUGGCAUAUAUCCGAAAUGGCCAACACUUGUUCAAACCAUUUCUAAUUCCGAUGAUAAAAAGAAACAAUAUUUUGCAAUGAUGCAAGAAGCAUGUCGAAAAGAUGUUGAGCGGGCAUUCGGUGUUCUCCAAUCACGAUUUGCUAUCAUCAAGGGGCCAGCCCGUUUUUGGGAUAAACGAACUCUGCAUGAUAUCAUGACUGCUUGUAUUAUAAUGCACAAUAUGAUUGUCGAAGAUGAACGCGACGAGCAAGAAGAUGUUGUCAUUUCAACUCCACAAUCAAUUCCGAAUGCUGAAAAUAUGGAGAUAACCGAAACUGAACGAUUCCAACGGUUUCUUGCUCGACAUAAGAGGUUGAAAAACAAAGAAGCUCAUUUUGCACUUCGAAAUGCAUUGAUUGAACAUUUGUGGGAAAGACAUGGAAAUGAAGCUAUGUAA